AUGGGUAAUGAAAACCUUUAUUCUCUCAAAAACAACUGUCCUGAAAAUACUCACAGCCCUUUGAAUGCUUCUUCAUUCUAUCACCCUCCACAACUCUCUCCUCUUGCCUUUCUGCUCUGAUCUUUCUAAUUAAUCCAUCAUCAUUUUAAUUAUUAUCUACUUUGCGUUUUCGUUUCAUCCAACAAGCUAAGGCUCCUCACCUUCACAGCAUCACGAAAUGGCAAAUUCUGCAUCUGGUGUGGGUGUGGUUGAUGAAUGCAAGCUGAAAUUCAUGGAGUUGAAGGCAAAGAGGUGCUUCAGGUACAUUGUAUUCAAGAUUGACGAGGUGAGCCAGGUGGUGGUUGUAGAGAAAAUGGGCAGUCACGAAGAGAAUCAUGUGGAUUUCACCAACAGCUUGCCCGCAGAUGAGUGUCGAUAUGCUGUUUUCGACUAUGAUUUCACCACUGAUGAGAACUGUCAAAGGAGCAAGAUCUUCUUCAUUGCGUGGUCUCCCGAAACAGCAAAGAUAAGGAGCAAGAUGGUGUAUGCAAGCUCGAAAGACAGAUUCAGAAGGGAGUUAGAUGGGGUGCAGGUGGAGUUGCAAGCAACUGAUGCUAGUGAGAUGAGCUUGGACAUCUUCAGAGACAGAGCUCACUAGACACAAUCUCUCAUCUCCCACAAUAUUUCUUAGUACCUACUGGUACUAUACUACUGCUGCUUCUACUAUAAUUUUUACUUUUACUGCAAAUUAGGCUUUCAGUUUAACUUAUUCAUAAGAGUCUCAAUUGGGCUACUAUGGCUGACUGUUGAGGGUUUUGUUACCACAAGCAUCAACUUGUUAUAGACUUUUUGUCUUU